CAGGAGAGAUCCGCAGUGAGUGCGAGCUGGUAAAGAAUUGCGCAUCCCACACUGCUCCCGGUGGCCUCUCUUCUCCAUGGCCCCCCUGGCUCGCACCCUGGCACUGCUGGCAAUGGCCAUGGCCACUGUGGCCAUCAAGGAGCUGCCCCUGGACAUGGCCCCGAACUCCUUUGAUGACCAGUACCUGAAAUGUACAGAUACCAUGCCCGAGAACCUCCUGGAUCUCCAGCUCUCUGACUUCUGCGGGAAUAAAAUGUUUGCCAAGAACUGGAUGAAGGCCGAGGCCGACUGGGUAGUGGAGGGUUCCAUUCCACACUCUCUUACACCAGACGAGGCCAUCGCCCUCUGGGCCUACACCAUGAAGGAGUUGCACUUGUACAAGCAGUUCAAUGAGGCCGUGUGUGUGGCUGGAAGCAGCAAAUGGAAAUACCGGAAUGAAUUCCACUUCAAAUCGCUGCAUUUCCUGCUGACCCAGGCCCUCCAGAAGCUGAGAAACCCGAACCAGUGUUAUGAUGUGUUCCGGGGGGUGAAGAACACCCGGUUCAAGGUGAAGAAAAACGACAAAGUCCGCUUUGGUCAGUUUGCGUCAUCGUCAAUGAGUGAAGAUGUGGCCCAGGAUUUUGGGCAGGACACGCUAUUCAAGGUGCACACGUGCCAUGGCGUGGACAUCCAGGAAUUCUCCAAGUAUCCCGAGGAGGAGGAGGUGCUGAUCCCACCCUUCGAGAUCUUCAGUGUCACUGAUGUACGCAAGGAGGGGAACACGAUGGUCAUUGAGCUUCACUCAACCGGGAACGGCAGCAACUAUGACUGCGAGUGGCUGAACGGUGGGAGCCUCCCCAGGAACUCUCCCCACCUCGGGGUGCUUCUCCUGGCCACCGUGGCCAUGGCAGUGGUCACCGGAACCCUCUGAGCCACGAGGCCACCAAGGUCACAGUGGUCUUGGAGGCCACUGUGGCCACCAUGCCCACAAAUGCCACCAGGACCUGCAGAGAAAUGAAGACACCAAGGCUACCAAGACCUCUGUGGCCAUUAUGGUCACUUUGGCCACUGUGACCAUUGUGGGCGUUGUUGCCACUGUGGCCACUUUGGCCCCUAGGACCACUCUGGUCAUAGGAAGCACCAUGGCCACCGCAGCCAUUGUGGCCACUGUGACCCACGAGGCCACUGUGGCCACUGUGGUCACCAUGGUCACUGUAACUACUGAGGCCACCGUGGCCACUGUGGUUCCACUGUGAUCAUGGUCACCACGGCCACCACAGGCACUGCAGCCACCACGGUCACUGUAACAAGGGGUCCAUCCUCGGGAAGCCCCCGAGAGCUGCCCAGGAUGGAGCAGUGCAAGGCCAGCAGGACCAUCGAGGGCAGGGCUGGAGCUGCCGGGACAGCCCAGGACAGCACGGACAGCAGGGACCGGGCAGUGCCUGGGGCUGCUUGGGCACUUCCCAGUAGAGGGGCUUGGGGGUGGUGAUGUCACAGUGACCUCCUGAAGGUGCUUGGCUGCCUUGCCUGGUAUAUGCAAAAAAUUGCCUCUUGGUUGCCCAGAGUGGGAAAAAAUUGCUGCUUGCUUGCCUGGUGCAUAAAACGUUCAUCAGAUAUUUGAUCCUUUCUCGCCUGCCAUAUCGAAAGUUUAACAAUUUGCUGCUGGGUCACCUGAUGUAUCCGCUACAGCUCUUUUGCUGCCUUUUCUGCAGG